AACUGUGGGGUAGACAAUGGACCUAGAUUAGAUAUUUAUGAGGGAUGGAACAGGGAGAAGGAAAUGAGCCUUGCUCCAUGGAGUUUUGGAGGGGCUAUGCAAAGGAAGACAGUCCCAUUGAUAAGGGAAUAUUUGGGAUUGCAGAAAAUGGAGGAGAGAAUAUAGCUCAAUAAGGGGAUUUGGACCCUGAAUAAGGGGAACAAAUGUUGAUCAGAGGAGAGGUUUGCUGUGAAUGGAACAGGGAGUGGGGAGUGUAGCUUACUGAGUGUGGUAUGCAAUAGUAGAUACAAUGAAAUGGGGGUCUAUUGAUGUUGCAGAGCAUAGUUGUUCCCAUUUAGGGAAUGGUUGUGGCUUGCAAGAAGAUGGAGGACAGGCAGUGAAAAGAAGUAUCCAACAUAGGGCUCAUUGAAGAGUACAAUGCAGCAAUGGGAAUAUGGGGCUAACCAUGGUUGAGUGUUGUAUGAUACAGGAGAGGGACAGAAGAGCAGGGCAUAAAGUGGGGUAUAUUAGAAGAAUUAAAUUGGAUACGAUGGGCAAGGUGGACCAGGGAGAGUAUACUCUGGUCGAGGGGUUCAGUGUUUGCUUGGAAGAGAGAGCCUACUGAUUAAGGAAUACAGCAUAGGUGGCUGGAAAAUCAGGGUGAUGGAAAAAGAAUGGAAGGGGCCUGAUAGCAUUGUGUUUGGGUUGGAAAAGAGAACCAAAGGUUUUUCUGAGACUUUGAAAUUAUCUUACUCUGAAGUAAUAGUGCCAAGAAAGCUAGAACCAAGGAAUGGCAUAGAUACCAAGGAAAAGGUGUCUUAUCUAAUUAAAGUAGAAGGAAAGCUCCAUAUUGUUCACCUACUACAGAAAAAAAUGUUCUUAGCUCCAGAUCUCCCAGUUUUUACUUACAAUGAGAAGAAUGAGUUGAUAACAGAGUACCCAUAUAUACAGGAUGAUUGCUACUACUCUGGAUAUGUGGAGGAUGUCCCAGAAUCUGUUGCAGUUCUCAGCACCUGCUCUGGACUCUGGGGAUAUUUGAAGAUUUACAAUUUAAGCUACGAAAUUGAACCUGUUAAAUCUUCUUCUACAUUUCAACACAUCAUUUAUCAAAUGGCAAAUGAUGAAGACCCACUCAGUAGAUGUGGAGUAACUGAUGAAGAUCUCAAAGAUCAGGCAGCUGAAGGCAAAGAACAUCCAAUAUAUAAGGUCCAAAAAGAAGAACUGACCACUUGGUACACAACUGCCAGAUACUUAGAGUGUUAUUUUGUUGCAGACAAAGCAAAGUUUCUCCAUGAAGAUUCCAAUGAAACUUUGCUAACACUGAAGAUGGUUCAGUAUCUCCAUUUAACAAGUGAAAUGUACCGUCCGUUUGGCCUUUAUGUUGUUCUGAUUGGAUUGGAGCUUUGGAUAGAAAGGGAUCUCAUUACAAUUACUGACCGUUUGGAGCAGGUUAUUGGAUUUUAUAAAAACUAUGUUCAGAAUUUCCUUAUGAAUCGUGUACAUUUCGACCACACACAACUAAUAGCAGGUGGAAGAUAUCCAGAUAUCGAUGGAUAUUCAUAUGGAGACAAUCUGUGCACGCGUAGUGCCUCAGUAGCUACUGUCAGAGCGAGAUCUAGAUCGGUGCUCUAUGAUGCAAUCAGUGUGGCUCAUGAGAUGGGACAUUCUCUUGGCAUCCCUCAUGAUAAUUCUAAGAGAAAUGUAGCUAGAGGUUGUGUUUGCAGAUGCUCUGGAGGAGGGAAAUGUGUCAUGUGGUCAUAUGCCUCGCGAAUAAUGUGCACAGAAUUCAGUAACUGCUCCAGAGCAUACUACUUCGACACAAUAAGAAAACCAGGAAAAACUUGCCUUCUUAACAUACCAGAAAAGAAAGUGUUUGGAACAAUGAUGUGUGGUAAUGGUGUAAUCGAAGAGGAGGAGGAAUGUGACUGUGGUAUUGAUGAGGUGUGCCAACGGAGUGGCUGCUGCCUUUCCAACUGUACAAUAAAGCCAGGUGCUGAAUGUAUUUCUGGACUUUGCUGCAAAAACUGUCAGCUUCAUUUACCAGGGAAAAUAUGCAGAGAAAGUACUGGUUACUGUGACCUUCCUGAAUACUGCAAUGGUUCUUCACACUGGUGCCCAGAGGAUGUAUAUAAGCAAGAUGGAACUCCAUGCAGUAACAAGGACUGUUGUUUCAAAGGGAGAUGCAAUAAUCAUGAAAAGCAAUGCAAAGCUGUAUUUGGUAAAGCUGCACAUCUGGCCCCGCUGAGUUGUUUCAAAGCAGUGAAUACUAAAGGUGACCGGUGUGGCAACUGCGGUGGGGAUGGACUUAUUUACAAUAAGUGUGAGGACAAAGAUGUCUUAUGUGGAAGACUGCAGUGUGUUAAUAUUAAAAGAAUACCUCAGAUGAAAAGUCUUGGGUCCAUAGUUCAGACUCCAGUUGAGAAUACCUUGUGUUGGGGUACAGAAUUUCAUUCUGGAAGGCACAUGGUAGAUGUUGGCUCAGUGGAAGAUGGUACAGCAUGUGGUGAAAAAAAGAUAUGUAUAAACAAAACAUGUGUCGAUUUAAAUAUUCUGAAUUAUGAUUGUAAUUACACAAAAUGCAGUAACAGAGGGAUCUGCAACAGUAAGAAAAACUGCCAUUGUGAUUUUGGUUGGGCCCCUCCAGACUGUACGUUAAAAGGAUAUGGAGGAAGUAUUGACAGUGGGCCCCCUCCAACUACCAUCUUGUCUACUAGUGAUGUUGUCAUCAUGGGAAUAGCAGUUGGAACCGCAUUUCUUCUUCUUCUAGUUAUCAGCUUUGCCCUGUAUAAAAGAACUCGGAUAACUCAGGUUGUUGGCAGGCCCUCCAGGACACAAGGUGACACUGAUUCUGCAGACAAAAAGCGCCUGACAAAGAAAAGCAGUAGUCGGUCUAAAAAUUAGAAGGGAAGAGAUUUUUUUAGCAAAACACCAGAUAUUGGAAGUUUGAAAAAGCAAUGUUUUUCUUAUCAGUUCAGCUAAAAUAAUUUGUGAAAACCUGAUGAGAUAGUGGUGUUCAAAACACCCAAUUACAUGGCAUUCAUACAGAAUUUACUUUUUUUUAAACUAUCAGUUUAUUGUGUUCUAUUCCAAAUUUUAAUUUGAAUAAAUAGGUUUUGCCCUUAUUUAUGCUUCUUUCUUUAUUCGUGUGUCUCCUCAGUACUUCAUACAAUCUGAUCGUAAUUCUAAGAUAGUCUUGUCCUGUGUCUCUAGUAUUUAUCCCCAGAAUUCUCUAUCUCUAGGAAGCAGAAACUUUGUUGUUGUUCUUCAGUGCUUGCACAUGUGCAUUCCAUUAUUGUUGUGUACACACUUAAUUGCACAAUUUAUAAGAAAACUCUCCCUC